ACUGUUUUUAGUACCUCGAUCGCGUAAAUAACUUCAUAAAAAUAAAAAACAAGUCUCAAGCAUGGCCUCAAGGCGUAGCCAGCAUAAUACAUUUUAUCAAUAUCUUGCUAGUUUAACUGCUGUAAUAUCGCUAUUCAUAAAUGGAAUGCAUUAUGGUUGGUGCUAUAUCUCAUUUCGUACUUUAUUGUCCAAAUCAUCUCCUAUUCACGUUGGAAAAACUGGAUCAAAAUGGUUAAGAAGGGCACCUACAUUUGGUCUCUUAGGAGGAUCUCUAUCGAUGGCUAUAAUAAUCGAUAUUAUUGGUAAACAUAAAAUCAUUCUUCUAUCAGCAGUGCCCCAUCUUAUUUCUUGGAUAAUGAUAUAUCUUGCAACAAACUAUGUAACACUUCUAAUAGCAAGACUAAUAGCAGGAUUUGCAAUUGGUUGGAGCUUCUGCGCAGUUCCUUUAUAUAUUGGGGAAAUAUCGGAACCUAGAAUAAGAGGUUUACUUUUAUCCUUAAUACCUUUGUCAUGGAUUCUAGGAUCAUUCGUGAUAAAUAUAAUUGGUACCUACUGUAAUAUCAAAAUUACAGCAGCAAUAUCAUGCGUGUUUCCCAUUAUUUCGAUAAUGGCUUUCGCUUCCAUGCCGGAAUCACCUUAUUUUCUCGUUAUGAGAGGAAAGAAUAAGGCCGCCAAAAAAGUUUUGCAAAUUUUAUCCGGAAAAAAAGAUGUGGAGAAAGAUAUUUUGCGCAUAGAAGAAGGCUUCGAAGAGAACAACUCGACACAGAAAAAUCCGUUGGAUUUAUUUCGUAAAUCCAAUAACAGAAAAGGGAUAAUCAUAAUAUUGUGUCUGAAAGCUUUCCAAGAAUUCAGUGGUGACACAGCAAUUUAUGAAUAUAGUCAAUACAUUUUCAAGGAAGCAAAAAUUGACAUUUCUGAAGAAAAAGCCACCUUCAUAUUUUUGGUUAUUGAAGUAGUAGUUACAGGAAUAUCAGCUUUAUUAAUAGACACAUCAGGUCGAAGACGUUUAUUAAUUGUCUCAAGUCUUGGGUCAGCAUUAAGUAUACUAACAGAAGGAAUAUAUUUUUAUCUUAAAUUCAAUACCAACAUCGAUCUAAGUAAUUACAAUAUCAUUCCACUAAUUGCUCUUGUAACUUUUGUGAUAUGUUUCUGCGCAGGACUAAGAGGAAUACAUUUUGUAUUACUUGGCGAGUUGUUUACGCAGACAGUUAAGGCUCCAGCGGUGUGUGUAGCUUAUCUAUCAGAUGAAAUUUUAAUUAUCAUUGUGUCCAAAUUUUUACAGCUUUUUGAAAGCAGAUUGGAAAUGCAUAUUCCGUUUAUAACUUUUGGAGUUUUUACAUGUAUCGGUAUGGUCUUCAUCAUACUAUACGUUCCUGAGACAAAACGAAAAACUCUGGAGGAAAUUCAGUAUUCUCUUAAGGCUAAAAAUAAUUGAAUUUCAGAUAAUAGAUAAACUGCAAAUUUGUAAAUAUAAACUUUACAUACG